UCUUUCUCGCUCGAAUCGUUUGUACGAACCCUACGCAAGCGAAGAUGUCAGGCGCUGCGCUCGACAUGUCUCUCGACGACCUAAUUAAGAACAACAAGAAAUCUGGCGUCGCCCGUGGCAGAGGUCGCGCCGCCGGUUCUGGCCCCGCUCGCCGCCCCACGAACCGUUUCGCGAAUCGCGUUACACCCUAUUCCGCUCCCAAGGCUCCUGAGACGGCUUGUGGCCAUGACAUGUUCCCAGCUGGCGGCCGAUCUUCCAGUAUAGAGACAGGGACCAAGCUGUAUAUUUCCAAUUUGGAUUAUGGGGAACUGUUUUCGGAGGUUGGCGACCUGAAAAGAUACGUUGUACACUAUGAUAGGAGUGGGCGAUCGAAGGGUACCGCUGGAGUAGUCUUCUCAAGACGACAAGAUGCUAUGGCUGCUAUCAAGCGAUAUAAUAAUGUUCAGCUUGAUGGGAAACCAAUGAAACUAGAACUUGUUGGAACAAACGUUACAGCACAUGAUGCUGGCGCUGGAGGGUUUGCUUCUGCUGGCUCUUUUGGUGAUUCAAAUGUAGCUCCUCGAAGUGGACAAGGAAGAGGUGGUUUUGGAAGGCCACGAGGCGGAAGAGGUCGUGGAUUUGGAAGAGGCCGUGGACAGGGAGGUGGACAAGGAAGGGGGGGCCGCAGUGGUGAGAAGGUAUCUGCUGAAGAUCUUGAUGCUGAUCUAGAGAAGUACCAUGCAGACGCAAUGCAGACAAACUAAUUGUUCCUUUAGCACAAUUGCUGGAUUUACUUGCACCUGCAUGUUGGGGGAACGAAGUCUGUUACAUUAGCUCCUUUAAAGAAGGCAGAGAUCUAUAGUGCAGGGGCAGCGAGGAAACUAGUUUUAUUUGAUCGACUGUAACUUCCGUUGGAUAAAGAGACAAGUGUGUAAUUUGGAUUUAUGUAUCUUGUCUUAACUAAGAGGAAAACAGUGUGGAUA